AUGGCGUUGGCGCCGCCGAAGCCCCUCUUCCCCUCUCCUUCCUCCUCCGCCGUGGCUGUGGCGGAGCUCUCCCCCCUCCCCUCCUCCCUCUCCUCCCUCCUCUGCCGCUCCCGAUCCCCAUUCCUCGGCCUCCGCCUCGCCCAUGACCCGAGUACCUCGCUCCUCCUCCUACCACUGCGCUACCGGCGGCCUCUCUGCGCCGUCGCCGACGCGGCGGCGGUGGCGGCGGAGGCGGAGGACGCCGGAUCGCCGCGCCCGAGGGUGCUCGUCGCGGAGAAGCUCGGCGAGGCGGGGCUCGAGCUCCUCCGCGGCUUCGCCGAGGUGGACUGCGGCUACAACCUGCCCCCCGAGGACCUCCGCGCGAGGAUCGCGCGGUGCGACGCGCUGAUCGUGCGGAGCGGGACGAAGGUGACGCGCGAGGUGUUCGAGGCCGCGGCGGGGCGGCUCAAGGUGGUGGGGAGGGCCGGGGUCGGGAUCGACAACGUCGACCUCCAAGCCGCCACCGAGCACGGGUGCCUCGUCGUCAACGCCCCAACCGCCAACACCGUCGCCGCCGCCGAGCACGGGAUCGCGCUCCUCGCCGCCAUGGCCCGCAACGUCGCCCAGGCCGACGCCUCCAUGAAGGCCGGAAAAUGGCAACGAAAUAAAUAUGUUGGCGUCUCUCUGGUGGGAAAAACGCUGGCCGUGAUGGGAUUCGGGAAAGUUGGUUCAGAAGUUGCUAGGCGUGCAAAAGGGCUUGGCAUGCAUGUUAUUGCUCAUGACCCUUAUGCCCCUGCGGACAGGGCCCGAGCAAUUGGGGUAGAACUUGUAUCAUUUGAUGAAGCUAUAUCCACUGCAGACUUUAUAUCACUCCACAUGCCGCUGACUGCUAAUACCUCAAAGCUGUUCAACGAUGAGACCUUUUCAAAGGUGAAAAAAGGAGUGAGGAUUAUAAAUGUCGCAAGGGGUGGAGUAAUUGAUGAAGAUGCCUUAGUGAGAGCACUUGAUAGUGGAACAGUUGCACAGGCGGCACUUGAUGUAUUCGCUGAAGAACCCCCGCCAAAGGAUAGCAAGCUGGUGCUGCAUGAAAAUGUUACUGUUACACCGCAUCUCGGAGCUAGCACAAUUGAAGCUCAGGAAGGUGUAGCCAUAGAAAUAGCAGAAGCUGUUAUUGGAGCAUUGAAAGGUGAACUUGCUGCUACGGCUGUGAAUGCCCCCAUGGUUCCUGCUGAGGUUUUAUCCGAGCUAUCCCCUUAUAUUGCCCUUGCCGAGAAGCUAGGCAAGUUAGCUGUCCAACUCAUAACUGGCGGAAGUGGCGUUCGAGGAGUAAAAGUAGUAUACUCCUCAGCUCGAGACCCUGAUGACUUGGACACUCGAAUUCUCCGAGCCAUGAUAACCAAAGGCAUUCUCGAACCCAUCUCCAGCGUUCGCAUUAACAUUGUGAACGCCGACUACACUGCCAAACAAAGAGGUCUCCGAAUCAGCGAAGAGAGAAUCUCCAUCGGUGGCUCUCUGGAAGUUCCUAUUGAAUCUAUCCGAGUCCACAUCGCGAACGUGAACUCCAAAUUUGCUGGCGCUUUACUGGAUAAUAACGGGGAUAUAGUCCUAGAGGGAAGGGUUAAAGAUGGUAUACCCUAUUUAACACUUGUGGGAUCUUUCACUGUGGAUGUGGGCUUGGAGGGGAAUCUGAUACUGUGUCGGCAGGUCGAUCAGCCUGGUAUAAUCGGACGAGUGGGAAAAAUUCUCGGCGAGAAAAACAUCAAUGUGAAUUUCAUGAGUGUUGGGAGGAAUGCGCCAGGAAAACAAGCUAUAAUGGGUAUUGGCGUUGAUGAGGAACCUGACAAGGAGACUCUCAGGAUGAUUGGGGAGAUACCGGCCAUUGUGGAGUUCGUGUUCCUGAAACUAUAAAGGAAAAAGGUAUUCUCCCCCUCCUUCUCAUUUGGUAAUUUUGGUGAAAGUCGUUUUGCUGCGAGGUAUAAUAAAUGCGCUGCUUGAGCGACGCACGUAAACCUAAUCUUUUCCCCCCUUUUCUUUUCCUACGUAUUUUUUGUGUGCUUUUGGUAUUACUAGCCCUACCAGAAGGCAGCAGAUUUGAAGCCUUCUUGCUACUCUUCUUCGGUUGGCGGCUCAUUUCCCUCACUUUACUAUUGUUGUUGUAUCAUCAAUUUGUAUCGGAGUUCUUUAGGAAAAAUCCUUUGCGUUUGUGCGGCGAAUGCGCUCCCGAGUAUGUGUACCCUUUUCUGUCGGCAUUGUUUCAGGUUGUAAAACUUCUGCAAUGUGGCUGUCUUCGUGCCGGCUUUGAAAUGCCAUCUUCCUUUUAACAAUUGUCUUUAGCACAACUUUUAAUGUAGACAACCAAAAUUAUUUCCUUUUCUAAAACCUUCUUGUUAUCACUAACAAGAAAAAGAGAAGAUGGAGAAAGUAUUCAUCUGGCAUUAGUGAUAUUAUCUGUAUCAUGUGAACAAUUUACACUAUGCAACUUCCUUUGGAUCAAAUAUUUGGGCAUCAUAAGACUUAUAUCUG